AUGGAUUCAAGAUCUCUUCCGAUCAUUGAUGCGAAGCCUAUGAUAGAAGGCACUGCUGACUACGAAGCCGCACGUCUGCCAUUAUUCGCCGCCAUCUCCUCCAACAUCCCCGAGGAGUGGUAUCUCCCACAAGAGCUCAUCGAUAACCCUCCCAAGGAUGUGUCCAAUAUCCCUACCACUUGUGGACUCCUGAGUGCCGAGGAACUCGAGAUUACAGAGAAGCACGAUGCCACCAGUCUCGCCGAGGCUAUUGCUGCCCGCAAGUACUCGGCAGUCACUGUCGUCAAGGCGUUCAUCAAGCGUGCUGCCAUUGCACACCAGCUGGUGCGCUGUCUCACGCAGUUCUUCCCCAAAGACGCCGUGCAGCAAGCCGCAAAACUCGACGAGCACUUAGCUACCACGGGCGAGACCGUGGGGCCCCUACAUGGCGUGCCUGUGAGCAUCAAAGAACACAUGGCCAUUGCUGGACAUGACUCCUCAUUUGGUGAAAUAGCUUCCACCUUCUCCGAUGACGAGGACUGCCUGAUGCCUCAAGCCAUCAUGCACCUUGAUUGCAGCUCGCAUUUUGGCCGUACACUCAAUCCAUACAACAUUCAUUUGACAUGUGGUGGAUCGUCUGGAGGCGAAGGCGCUCUGAUUGCGUUGAAAGGUUCAGUCUUAGGCGUAGGAAGCGACAUCGGCGGUUCAAUACGGGCACCUGCCGCUUUCUGUGGCAUAUACGGCUACAAACCAACCUCGAACAUCUUACCCAUGCAGGGUAUGCUGAGAGGAGUCAUGCCGGCCGAGUUGAACAUUCUAGCAGCCACAGGUCCAAUGGGCCGCAGUCUUCGGGACAUGGAUUUCAUGACUCGAGUUGUCACUGAAGCCAAGCCAUUCCUCGAUGAUCCCAAGAUGAUACCAACAGUCUGGAGAGGACUACAAGAACCAAUCAAGAGGCGACUCAAGGUGGGCAUCAUUGAGAACGACGGCUUCAUCGAGCCACAACCUCCGGUCAAGCGAGGUAUUGCCUGGGCACGAAAGGUUCUCUCGGACCCAAAGUAUAGCCAUAUUGUCGAGCUGAAGGAGUUCCGUCAGUACAAAGCGGAGGAGGCGUUUCGGAAGGUAUCGCGGAUGUUUGUUCCUGACGGCGGAGCAGGCGUUAUUGCAGCUAUUGAGGCCGGCGGCGAGCCGGUCCUACCUCUGACGCGCACCUUUCUGGCCGGGAACUCCAAGAUGAGCAAUGCCGUCGAGGUCUCAGACAUGCGUUUCGAGCGUGACACCUUCCGCACAGAAUAUGCCAAGGCGUGGAAUGCUCAAGACGUCGAUGUCGUGCUGGGGCCAUGUCACGUCGGACCUGCUGCCGCUCACGACACUGCUCGAUUCUGGACUUACACGGGGUUUUGGAACUUCGUGGACUAUCCCGGUCUCGUUUUUCCGACCCCAAUCAAAGCGGAGCUGGGCGAGAAGUACGCCGAAACUUACAAGCCUCUUUCGGGGGAAUGUAAAGCGGUGAAAGAGUUGUGGGAUGCUGGGGACUUCGAAGGCGCUCCCGUCAAUCUUCAGAUCAAUGCUCGAAGGUAUCACGACAAUGAACUGUUUGGCGCGUUGGCAUUGUUGAAGGAUGCGCUGAGCCUCUCAUAG